AUGAUGAUGGGGGCCGUCAUCAAGGGCUACUUUGCAGCCGCCGCGGGCGUGCAGGCCCAGGACCUCUGCAGCGUCAGCAUCAUGCCCUGCGUGCGCAAGCAGGGCGAGGCCGACAGGGAGUGGUUUGAGACGGAGACCGCCGGCGAGGCGUGCGGCACGGUGCGUGACGUGGACCACGUGCUGCUGACCACCGACCUGGGGAAGAUCUUCCAGGAGCGCGGCAUCAACCUCGCGGAGCUGGAGCCAUCAGAGUUCGACAACCCCCUGGGCACGGGCUCUGGCGGCGGCGUGCUGUUUGGCACCACGGGCGGCGUCAUGGAGGCUGCGCUGCGCACGGUCUACGAGCUGGUGUCAGGGCAGCCUAUGGGCCGCAUCACCUUUGAGGAGGCGCGCGGCCUGGCCGGCGUGAAGGAGGCCACGAUCACCAUCCCGGUCGGAGCCGACUCCAAGUUCAAGGUGCUGGAGCCCGCACCCGGCGCGGGCGUGACGCUGCGCAUCGCCGUUGCCAACGGCCUGGGCAACGCCAAAAAGAUAGUGAAGGGUGUUGAGGACGGCAGCCUGGCCUACGACUUCAUCGAGGUCAUGGCCUGCCCCGGCGGCUGCAUCGGAGGCGGGGGCCAGCCCCGCAGCACCGACAAGACCAUCCUGCAGCAGCGCCAGGCGGCUAUGUAUGACCUUGACGAGCGUUCCGCCGUGAGGCGCAGCCACGAGAACCCCGCCAUCCAGAAGCUGUACGAGAACUGGCUGGAGAAGCCCAACAGCCACCUGGCCCACGAGAGGCUGCACACCCACUACCAGCCCGAGAAGUGA